AUGGCAUCGGCGGGAUACACACUGCAGCAGCAAAAGGGCUCGGUCGAGACACGCAUCAAGCUGCUGAUCAACAGCGAUCUGAAGGAGAUAUGCAAGGCGUACAAUUACCAGGUCUCCGGCACAAAGGCAGUCCUGCAGAAGCGAUGCAUAGAAAUUCUCAGUGACAUCGUGGAUCGUGGCGACGACAACGCCUUCAAGGACCUCAACUACCGUGUCGCCAACCACGGCAAAAGUCCCCCGCAGCCGAACGGCGCUUCUGUCGCCGCGUCCAGCAACUACCCAACACCCAACGGAUAUCAUACCAACAAUCAGAUGGCGCCAGGCAGGCCAUCUGCAGCGCAGAACCGCUUUUCUACCGGCGGCAGGUCCGUAGAUUUCAAGCCCAGUCCCUUCUACGAGGUGCAGGACACGGUCAUGGGCUACACAGAACUCCAUGAAAUGCCCCAGAAUCGCCACACCGUGAGGCAGGACCUCCGACUCACCGCCGACCAGGUCACCCGGCUGAAGGCAGACCCAAGCUUGCGCCUUAUGCUCUACUGCGGCCUGAGCUCUGGCAUGAACCAAUGGACCACUGUCGACGUCGCCUUUCCCAACCAGCUCGAGGUCAAAAUUAACGAUGAUGAUGUACGGGCCAACUUCAAGGGCCUCAAGAACAAACCAGGAUCAACGAAGCCGGCGGAUAUCACUGACAGGGUGCGGAAGAACGUCGGCUACCCGAACCGACUCGCCAUCACUUAUGCAUUGACGUCGAAGAGAUAUGCCUUUGUCAUUCAUCUCGUCAAGUACAUCAGCGCCGAUGCUCUCACUGAACGCAUCAAGCAAGGCACCCACGGCGGCGGCGUCUUCUCGAAGACGAGAGUUCUACAGGAGAUGCAGAAAGCCAACGACGACGAUGAUCUUGUUGCGACCUCAGUAACGAUGACUUUGAAGGAUCCCAUCUCAGCGCUUCGCAUUGAGACGCCCGUGCGCUCAACGGUGUGCUCACACAAUCAGUGUUUCGAGGCGAAGUGGUUCCUGCAACUGCAAGAUCAAGCUCCACAGUGGAGCUGCCCGGUCUGCAGCAAAAGUGUCUCAUACGAGUCACUCUGUGUGGACCAGUACUUCGAAGAGAUCCUGCAGAAGACUCCAAGUUCGAUUGAAAGCAUUCACCUGCAACCAAACGGAGAAUGGCAGAUGAUCAAGGAGAAAGAAGACGCAAAACCACAAGGCAAUUCGAGCAGGAACAACCGAGCAUCUUACGACGAUGACUUUGACGACGACCUGAUCGAGAUAGUCGAAGAUCAGCCAGCGCCAAAGCCAGCGCUGGGAGGUGCUGCAAUGCCAUACUCAACACCCUCUCUGCUGUCACCGGCGACCAACUCGACAUUCCCACUAAACACACCGCCCUUGUCCUCUCGUGGCAACUCAGCAGCUCCUUCUAUGUCGUCGGUGGCGCAAAGUAACAAGCGCCCAGUGAGCUCAGUGAUAGAUCUGACGCUCAGCGACAAUGAGGAGGAAGAGCAGAUGCCACGAUCGGGCAAGAGACAGCAGACCGGUACGAGCACGCAUUAUGGUAACACUGCACAAUCCAGCACCCCAAACUCCCUUCCCGAUCCCCGCUUCUCAUACCCGGCCGGUCAAGGGCAAAUAACUGACGGCUAUAGGCAGCCAGUCAACGCAACCAGACCGGUCAGUAAUGGCAGGAGCAGCGGCAGCGGCAGCUACCACAGCGCACAACAACAGUUCGGGAUUAGUGGUUCUGCCAGUGGGACAGGAUCGCCUUUCCGCACUGGCAUCAGCGGCAGCUCAGCAUACAACCCGCCCCACAACUACAUCCAGAGCCACACCAACCCAUAUGGGCAAUGGCGUCCGCCCACGACUCAAAAUACACCCACCACGUCCUCCUUCCAAUCAUUCUCGCUGAGACCCCCACAACCUUCUGUCAGCCCAGCCCAGCAGUCUACUCACCAAUCACCCGAUCAAGCAUUUCGACUACCCCCAGUUUCGACUAUCCUUCCGAAUGGGUACAAUACUGGGUGGCGAAGUGACUACCACGCCGGCCAAUCGAGUAGCCCGCCAGGAUGA